AAGAUUUAUUAACGUUGUAAUCAAGCAAACCAAAUCCCAAAAUCUCCCUUCAAGCGACGCUCCCCCGAGCCGACCUCCCUCUUCUUCCUCGCUUCUCCCAAACCCUCCCGCAAGAUCCACCAUCUAUGGAGUCGCCACCUCCGCCUCCCAAUUCCGGCGCCAAGCUCCGUCUGAUGUGCAGCUAUAAUGGCCACAUACUCCCCAGACGCCACGCCAAGUCACUCUGCUACGCCGGUGGUGACACCCGCAUCGUGGCCGUGGACCGCCGAGCCGCCGCCAGCCUCUCUGCCCUCACCACCCAGCUCUCCCAGACCCUCCAGAUUCCGUACCAGUUCACUCUCAAAUACCAGCUCCCGCACCACGACCUUGACUCCCUUAUUUCGCUCACAACCGACGACGACCUCCUUAAUAUGUUCGAAGAGUACGACAAUCUCCCCGCCUCACCUACGCCCUCCCGCAUCCGAUUGUUCCUCUUCCCCUCCAAGCCCGACUCUCCCGGGUCGGUCCUUCACGACCCGAAGUCUGAGUCGUGGUUCUUGGACGCGCUCAAUAGCAGCGCCAAGGUUAUGCAGAAGGGGAAUUCAUCUGAUUCGGGGUUUGGUCAUUCGGAUCCGUUUCCGGCUGAGAACUUGGUUGGUAUUAGUAGCGGGGGUUUGGAUUCAUUUUCGGUGCCCGAAUCGGUCGUAUUGGAGACCAAUUCGUCGUUUGGGUCGACUUCUUCUUCGGUUUCUGUAUCUAAUUUGGCUGCAAUGAGGGCUCAUGUUGAGGAUAGUGGUGUUAAUUUGCAGGACAAGAAGGUUCAUUUGCCCUUGUCCGAAUCAAUUGAAAGUGAAACUGUUGUUGCGAGUGUCAUUUCUCACCCACAGACUGGUGGUCAUGAAGACCCAGUUGUUAAUAUUCCUUUGGUGGACAACUGGGAUUCUUCUAAGCCUGUUGGCUCAGAGAGUAAUGUCUCUGAUGCAUUCGCUCGGAUCCAAAUUCAUAAGGCAGUUGAGGUUUCUGGUUUUCCAUCAUCUUUACAGUUGGAUCAGCAGCAACAACAAUUGCAAUUUGUCCCUGCUGGUGCUCAGUACAUAACCCAUUACCCCACUGGCCCAGUGCCAGUUUCUUCCUACUACCCAAUAUAUCAACCACAGCUGCAACAGCAGCAGCCAACCUACUAUCAAUCCAAUCGGCCAUACCCUGUUUACUUGCUCCCUGUUAGGCCACCACAACCUUACAACUUCUCCAUGCAAGGUAGUCUUAUUGACUCUGCUACUGUUGCUUCUAGUCAGCCCCCAAUGCAUCUGAAUGCAACCAUGAUUCCAUCCCAAGUAGUUUACAAAGAGGUCACUGCAGCUCCACCCCUGCCUGAUUUAGCCACAAAGGUUACUGGAACAGCCCCUGGGGUUACCCCACUAGUUCAUGUGCCAUCUAAUGAAAAUCAGCAGCAAUUUGUGAGUAUUCCUCAGAUCCAUCACCCAACACAGUCUAUUCCUAUUGCGUCCAUGGAAGCUGCCAAUUACAGUGCAUUUGAGGAUGAUCCUGCACAGAGCCAGAUAUAUAAAAGUCAGCCUCCAGCACCCAUAUUGCCUUCUCAAUACCAAACCAUGACCAAUGCUACAAAAGCACUGUUAUCAGAGGCCUUGGCACAGUCUCAGGCAGACAACAUUAAGCAGCAAAUCAGAACUCCACAGCCAAAAUGAGCUAGUUUUCAAGAAUACAAUUUUGACAGAAAUCUUUUGGUAAUUUUAUCUUUGAACUUUCUGUUUUGGUUUCUCAUCUUGGUAUGGUUAUUGUCAGUCUUCUUUCUUACUUUCUCUAUGUCAUGAUAUUCAUCAGGUUAUAUGUAGUGUCUGAGAUUAUAGAUUUAUAUGGAAAAUUUUUAUAUACACAUGUUGGGGUGUUUGUUUAGCGAAUGUCUCAAAUAUCGAUUUAAUAUAUAAUGAAUUUGUUUUCUAUCUCGA